UUUUCAGAACUAUAAUUUGUGUUUGUCUCUUUAGACCACUUCAAGGCAAUGUACAUGCAGCAAGGCUUGAUUGGGAAAGGCGGCUUUGGAGUCGUAUAUGCUGGUAUAAGACGAUCAGAUGAAUUGCCAGUGGCAAUAAAAUACGUCAGGGCUUCAGCUAUGGAGCAAAUUCUAUUGACCGAUAAUGGGRCACAAUCCUGGUACCCAUUGGAGGUGAGCCUCAUGCUUACGGCCACAGGCGGACCACAGUCUGUGGGAAAAUCUCCAGCCGUGUCCUUACUAGACUGGUACCGUCUGGGCAAAGAGGUUAUUAUGGUGAUGGAGAGACCAGAMCCCUGUGUGACCCUCAGGAAAUUUCUAAAGCGCACUGGUCCCAUGAAAAAGAAGCUGGCAAAGGUCAUAAUGAAGCAGCUGGUGGAUGCAGCCAUUCAUUUGCAAGCAUACAAAGUUUUCCACCGAGAUCUAAAACUAGAGAACAUCUUGAUUGAAACUGGUCCAGAUGGCCUUCGAGUGCGGAUUAUCGACUUUGGGUGUGGCUGCUAUUUGGAAGACAAACAUUAUACCUYGGUUUCUGGAACUCCUGAAUAUCUUCCUCCAGAGUUUUAUAUCCGUCAUGAAUACAUGGGCCGCCCCACCACAGUCUGGCAGUUGGGGGCGAUACUCUUCCAAUUGCUGACUGGAAACAGGGAGUUCACCACCAGCAGCUUCCUCAGGAAGGACAUCGAAAUCUUGACGGAKUGGUCUCAAGACUGCCAGGACCUGUUAAACAAGUGUCUGGCUAUAGAUCCCAGAGGGCGAGCCAAUCUUUACCAAAUCCGGCAGCACCCCUGGUUGAACUGAACUUGUGCUCGACACAAAGACAAAGACAAUUAUGUUUAGCAUAGUUACAAAACUGCAUUUUGGAAUGACAUCACUAUGAAAGCAGAUAAUCGCGUCAUAUUGUGAGAUGGGAGGUAWGCA